AUAUGCAACAUAAUUACAAUGCUUAGUGCACUGCAUACAACAAUAACAAUUUUACUUUAUCAAUCACUAAAAAGAAAACUGAGGACCAAACACACAAAUCAAAAAUAAGAGGUAGCGAGACCCAUCGCAAAUAGAAUCAUUUCUAUUUAGUACCUUAUAAAGGGGGGAAGUAACUGUAAAAAAGGGAGGAAAAAAAAGACUCAAGUACACGUAUGCAUUGUUCAAUUGUUGUCUGAUACCUUGUAAAAUCUUACCUAUGUCUGAUUUGGCAUGCAAUCACCUCUCUCUCUCUAUCUAUCUAUCAGCUAGUUAUCUCAUCUUCCAAGCAAUCAAAGCUGCAUCUGCGGAAACACAUUCCAUAGCCUCACCAGGUAGAGCAUAUACGGCCACAACCAGAUAUGGCAGCAGUAGAGUCUUCACAGUUCGCCCACCUUUCUCCAACCCACCCCACCAGAGCAGCCUCAUGUAACCAUCAUGCUCAUGAAUGCAGGUGGUGGCCUUACUCCAACUCCAACGAUUUUGGAGCCAACACAGCCGUCAUCCUCAUAAUCCUCCUCUGUGCACUAGUAUGCGCUCUCAUUCUCAACGCAGCCAUUCGCUGUUUCUUACGCGGUGCCCAUCACUUGCCAGACCAACUUCCUCAAACUCAACGUGAACUUGUCCAUAACAGCAAACCAAGCUUUGAGAGUGGCGCAAAGCAACUGAUGGUGGCUCCAAUUCUAGUGUAUGCAAUAGGGAUGAAGCUGGGUGGAGCAGAGGCAGACUGUGCUAUUUGCUUGUCUGAGUUCGUGGAGGGUGAAGGGAUUCGGGUUUUAGGAUCUUGCCAGCAUGCGUUCCAUGUUCACUGCAUAGAAAAAUGGUUGUCUUCUCACUCUUCUUGUCCCACUUGCCGCAGCAGUUGCCUGGCUUCUUUCCCGACCUCAGAUUGUUGCCCAGAAAAUAACAACAAUUUCAGACAAUUGGAGAUCACUGAUACAGCUCAAGAGCACAUCAUAAGUAAUCCAUAAUAGUAUGGUUUAUACGCACAUACCAUGUAAUUAAUUACUAGAGCGCUCUUUCUUCUUGAUGUUAAAAAGAAAAGCAAUGUUCUUUCUUUGUUUUAAAUUUAGUUCCAAUUGUUUCCCCUGCAAACAGGUACAAGAGUAGCUAUUCCUAUUUGAAGCAUUCCAA